GAAGCAUCUAUUUCUUCCCAUAUAUGCGUCGGGUCUAUUCGUCUCCCUGCUGCCUCCUCCUCCCUUCCUUACCAAUUCAUUUCUGUCCAGGAAUUUGAAGAAAAUAUUGCGGAUUGGUUCUUCGAGUGGGUGCAGCAAUUUCCACGGACUUGGAGGUCUCCAAGGGCAUUAGCAUGGCGAUGUCGGACGCGGUAGGGGAAGCGGCGGUCGGGGGCGGAGGGGAGAGGAAACGGAAGCGCGGGAGCAAGCCAGUGCCGGCUAAGUGGCGGACGGAGGGUGAGCAGAGGAUCUACUCCUCGAAGCUCAUCGAUGCCCUCCGCCGGGUCCGCCACUCCUCUGCUUCUGCGCCGUCCUCGCCGCCCUCGGAUCACGUGCGAAACCGCGAAGUCCGAGAGGCAGCGGAUCGGGUGUUGGCGGUCUCGGCGCGCGGAAGGACGCGGUGGAGCCGCGCGAUUCUCUCGCGCAGGACUCUCAGGCGUCGGGUCCGGCUGCGAGCCUGCCGGCCGAAGCCUGGCAGCGCUGCCUGUGUUUCCCGGGCAGCGGCCGAGAGGAGAAAGUCUCCAGCGGUGGAGAAGAAGACGAGGGUCUUGGGACGGCUAGUCCCAGGUUGCCGGAAGCUGCCCUUGCCGUCGCUCCUGGAGGAGGUGUGGGAUUACAUCCCGGCGCUGGAGAUGCAAGUGCGCGCCAUGAACGCCAUCGCCGAGGCCUUCUCUACCGCCGGCGGUGCCCCGUCGUCACCGACUCAUGUCGACUCGAUAGUGAGAAGACAUUAUAAGUGAAGUGAAGUGAAGUGAAAUGAAGCAGGUGGAUUGAAGAGGAGACCAUGUGAAUCUGAGCAUGCAGCAAUUCAAAGUGGAGAUUUUUUUUUUAAUUUUAUUUUAGAAGGCAGUAUGUACUAAAAGGAUCAUAAUAGCAAUAAAGCAAACAUAAAUGAAUGUGUCAACCGCACAGCAAAUGAAAGUUAAGGUUGAGAAUCAA